GAGCAGAAGUCACAAAGCAAAACAAAACGACUCAAACGACACGCGGAGUGAAACUCAACAGAAGCUGCCUGUGUAUUUUAACAAUUUCGUUAAUUUUGUGUAUGAAAGUACUUUAAAACUGCAUUACUAAUGGCUAAUGUUUUAUUAAGUGAAGCCGAAAAAACCUACAUUCUACAUGGUAUCCAGAAAGACUACCGCAAUGAUGGUCGAACGAAUCGUGAUUACCGCCCAAUGGAACUGGAAACGGAUAUUGUCGUCCACGCCAUGGGUUCGGCUAGGCUGCGAUUGGCCAACACGGAUAUCCUUGUGGCGGUGAAAGCCGACAUCGAUGCCCCUUCCCCAGACCGGCCAAAAGAGGGAAAAAUCGAAUUCUUUGUCGAUUGCUCGGCCAAUGCUACGCCGGAUUUCGAAGGGCGCGGGGGUGAAGAAUUAGCCACCGAAAUCUCCAAUACCUUGUCGAAGGCGUAUCUUUCGCAACAGGCUUUCGACCUAACACCACUCUGUAUUCUGGCCAAGCAUCAAUGUUGGAAAUUAUAUGUGGAUAUAUUGAUUUUAGAAUGCGGUGGAAAUUUGUUCGAUGCCGUGUCGUUGGCCGUGAAGGCCGCUCUUUACAACACGAAACUGCCCCGUGUGUCUUCGGCAGAACUGGACGGAGGGGCUAUGGACAUCAUACUGUCCGAUGAUCCGUACGACUGUGAGCGAUUGAAUAUUCAAACUGCACCUCUAUUGGUAACUGUUUGCAAAAUUGGAGACUAUUGUGUGGUCGAUCCAUCAGCCGAGGAAGAGGAAUGCAGCGCCAUUAGCGUUGUAAUUGGAGUUUCCCGCAAGAACGGUGGUAAAUCGUCUGUAACGUCGAUCAGAACAUCAGGAGAGGGUUCCUUCCAUUCGGACACCUUGAUGAAAAGCCUGGAUCUAGGCGUCAGUGCAGCAACGUAUCUGGACAAAGCUCUGAUGGCCGCACUGAAAGUCGAUGAGGAGAACAAUACCAAGCCACUAGGCGAAAAGGAAAUAUUUGGAUUCCUAAAAUAAUCAAUUUCUGCGAUAACAAAA